UGCGGGUGUAGUGAAUCCAACGUGUACUGUUGUCUGUUAGUGAGUAGAACGGAAAGGAAAGGCAAAAUAGAAAAUGUGAAGAGCGAAAUUAGCAGCUUCCUAAUUCGGUGGAGAUUCCUUCCUCAAGGCCCUCUUUCUCUCCUCUCCUUAAGAUUAAAAUAUUGGAUAUCUUGUUGUUCUGUUACAGUUGAAAAGAAGGCUCAAGUUUGAUAUGAAAGUUACAAUGGGAAAGUUAACUUUAUGUUCAAUAUGAAACCAUACAAGUACAACACAGCUCGAACCAAUGGUUUUUCGUAAACCAGAUGUAUAAAUUGUUUCAUUGAGUUUGGCCUCAAGUAAAAUGAUGGGUAAGGAAGCUGUGCCACAAAUUAACAGGGCAGAUAGUGUUGAAGGUUGCUCACCUACUCGCAAUGACAAUUUAGAGCCUUACUCAACUCGCAGUUCAGACAUGGAGGGUGACUUAGAAACUUGUCGCGUAUGCCAAUGUGCUGAAUCAGACAAAAGGGGAGAUGCUGCCUUAGAGUUUCUAGGUGUUACUCCUCCUUUACACGAAGCACAUAAAAGCGAUGGAGCAUUGAAGCCUGAUAACAAACUGAUUAUGAAUCAUGCUGAAAAAGAUGUCUCUGUUAAGAAGAAUGUUAGAGAAUCCCAUAUCAUGGAAUUUGUGAGUCCUGAUGGGGAGGUUCUCAUUUGUAAUGAUGAUGUAGAAAUGGGCUCGUGUGGUUAUCAAGAUGCGUUAACUGAGCUUGGUUGCUUGUGCAAAAAUGACCUUGCUCUAGUACACUAUGCUUGUGCACUGAAAUGGUUUGUUAACCAUGGUUCUACUGUUUGUGAAAUAUGUGGACAUGAAGCAAAAAAUAUUAGAGCUGCAGACUACAGAAAGGUUUUGGCUUCUUUGAAAGAAUAUGAGGCACUAAGGGAAAGGACUGCCAGUGGAGAACCCUAUCAUGCCCAGGUUCCCUCAAGUACAGGUGUAGACCCUGAUGCUGUAGCUGCUAUUCGAAGGCAGCGGUUGAGUGAGAUUUCGCUAUGGUUUAGUCCACACAACAACAACAACAACAACAAUAACAGCCAUAUUGCACUUUCACAAGCAUCUGAACAACCUCUGAAUAAUGUCACUGAAGAGGUUUUCCCUACUGAAAAUCCUGCAACUAGGUGGGCUGUGGAAGGUACUGGGAUUUUGCUGGCUACAGGUUUACUUACUGUUACUCUUGCAUGGCUUAUAGCACCUCGAGUCGGUAAGAAAACUGCUCAAAAUGGUCUUCAUUUUCUUCUUGGAGGCAUUUGUGCUCUUACGGUAGUAGUGUUCUUUCGCUUUUUUGUACUUACCAGAAUCAAGUAUGGACCUGCUCGCUAUUGGGCAAUUUUGUUUGUGUUUUGGUUUCUUGUCUUUGGUAUUUGGGCUUCUCGGACACAUGGUACACAUUCUACUUGAUUCUAUUUGUUAGUGUUAUUUAUUAUGCUACUUAAUUUAGUGUUUUCCUCUCUUCCUUCUUUUAUUCUGUCUUUGUAAAUCAUUGGGAAAUUUAGUCUGUAAGUGAAGACAUCAAUAUUUUAUGGUGGAUUGUGGUUAAUUGUUAAUUAAGCUGUUCAUAUAGCACAGAUCUCAGUGCAUUGUAAAGGGAAAUUACUGUAUAAGUAUCUCGUUAAUUGCCACAUUUCUUUUCUUUUUGGGCGGAGUUGUACAAAUAGUUUUGUUUUGGACUUAAAUAUUAUUAUAUUGCUAAA